AUGUGGUGUAAUAAAUUGUUCAACAAAAUUUUAGACAAGGAGACGUUGGAAAAUUAUGUUGAUUUGACGUAUUUAAGAAAAAGCGAAAUACGUCGCAUUGUGAAACUACUUCAUGAUAUAAAUCCUGGGACAUUGGUGAAAAAUAUUCAGCAUCGAUUUACUUUGGAAGAAAUUGAUAUUAUCUUACCACAAAUUCAAUGUUCCCCGUUUCGCGAUUCUAUAUAUCGUGUCUUUUCAUCGAAAAAGGAUAAUUUACUAAGUUUGGAAGAUGUUUUGGACCUGUGCUCUGCCUUUUCGGAAAACUGUCCAGUUGACGUUCAAGCCUCCUGGGCUUUUCAAAUUUUUG